AUGAGUGCGUCUGCGAUAAGGCGAGCAGGCCCAUUCUCAAAUGUGAAACCCAGUGGGUUGGUCAUGAACAGGAAGGAUAUCAGGAGCGCCAGGGAAUUAACGCAGGCAAAUUACGCGACGGAGUACCUUUAUCUUCGGGAAAAUGAGCUGACAGAUUUUGAUAUUGACAUUACCAUGGAGCACCUUAGGGUCCUGGAUCUUUCUAUUAAUGAGAUUGGAUCGGUGGAUUUCCUGAGGAAAACGCCGUAUCUUCGUCAUCUCUACUUGUCGGGUAAUAAGAUCGAGCACCUGCACGGCAUCUCAAACUUUUCCUCCCUCGAAACUUUGUGCCUAAGCGACAACGCUAUCAACAGUUUUGAGGGAUUGGAAAAACUCCCCAAUCUGCGUGUGCUUUCCCUCAACUUCAACAAGAUUUCGUCCUUCAAACAUUAUGGUAAAUUCCCCUCGCUACACACCUUAAACCUUGUGGGAAACCCAUUGACAGAGGUUCCUUCGUACCGCAGCAUGGCUAUAGCCAUCAACAACAGUAACCUUGUUUCCAUUGACGGGCACCCCGUCACUGCUGAGGAACGUGCAGCUUUGGAGCACUAUCAGGGGAAGAUUGGGUACUGUAUUGCGGAUGGGUUUGUCGUCGAUGGCGACAAUGUGGAGGAGUCCGCUGAUGCGUUCCUGCUGAAGCUUCAGCGUGCGAGGGAAAAGUCUAAGUGCCUGCAGCUCUGCUCUAUUCGACUCGUACCAGAUGAUGAGAGCCGCAAUGUCCUCACCGAGGGUGUUCCGGUUAGGUUGAGUUGCUGCAUGCAGGACGUACGGUCGUACGAGCAGAGAACUGAGGACAUAUUCCACUCUCGUUACCUUUACCCAGUUACCUUCAAGGUUUCUGGUGAAGCAACUGAAGUGUUCGUCGUCGGUUCAAUGAAUAACUGGGCCGAUCCCAUUGAACUCGAGCGUUGUGAGGAGGAGGGUGAGAUUUACUUUCACACCACACUUUACUUACCAGCCGGUGACUACGAGUACCGGUAUAUUGUGGAUGGUGUAGAAAUUGUACCUGAGUCCAAUGGUGUACUGUCAAAACACAAACAAGGUUACUGCUAUUUGUAUAAAGUCACGGAAUUGACUCAAUCUGACGACGAGAAGGAUACCAUUUUGCACAUUCGUUGGAUGAGAAGCACUCAGAAUAAUUUUUAUGAGGUGAUCGAAGACAACAACACACUGACCUACACGCCAACGGUUUCCGACGUUGGAUGCUGCCUGCGUGCUGAAGUGCUCGCGUACAUUGACGGGGUAUUUUCCUUCCUGUACUUUGACAUAUCAGCCCCAAUCGUUGCAGGCCCACCUACCUGCCCUCAUCUUGAAAUAAAGGGCAAGGCUACCGAGGGACACGUGCUGUUGGCUGAGGCAGACUACUCCGGUGGUAUUGAAGGUAACUCCUCCCUUAAUUGGUUUCGAAUUACUCCCGACAACGAGGAAAUUUCCAUUGAUGUCAAUGACCCAUGGGCAGGUUACAAGCUCACAUCGAAGGAUGUUGAUUGUCGCAUCAAGGUGGAGUUCACUCCCAUGCGAAAUGACUGGGUUGCGGGUGAGCCCAAGUCCGCCAUCACGGGUCCUGUGGCGGCAGGCCCGCCUGAAUGCGAAUCCAUCAAGAUUAUUGGUAACCUUAUUCAAGAGAGUGACCUGGAGGUUGAGGUUGUCUAUUCCGGCGGUACAGAGGGUGAGAGCUACUACCAGUGGCUCCGCAAAGAUGACAACUCGGAGGAGUACUUCCCCAUUGAGGGUGAAAAUUCAACGCGGUAUGUUCCUACCCUUGAGGAUGUGGGCAAGUGUUUGGCUGUUGAAUACACUCCGGUUAACAAGCUGGGAGAAGAGGGAAAGACUUGCCUCUGUGUGCUCGAGAAGCCUAUCGAGCCUUCACCCCCAGAGAUUCGCGACUUGCGGAUUACGGGUGAACUGGUCGAGCAGCAUGUACUGACGCUCGAGUAUCAGUACACAGGUGGUCACGCCGGGGCUCAUAUGAUUCAGUGGUUCCGCCGAGAUCGCCAGGACCGCCGCGCGAAGGUUGGCCGCCCCAACACUGCGACACUUGCCCUUACCCGGCGAGAAGUAGACUGCACAAUUGAAGUCACGGUGACACCCGUACGAUUUGACGGUGUACAGGGCCGUGCGGUUCGUGCCACAAGCGAGUGCGCUGUCUCUGCUGGCAUUCCCCAGACGAACUUCCUGAAUGUGGUGGGAGAUCCUGUAGUUGGGAGCACUCUUGAGUUGGAAGUGGAGUACUUCGGUGGAGAGGCGGGAGAGCCAAUUAUCGAAUGGGCGCGGGAGGUGCCUCUGACAGAGGAGUUUGAAGUGAUUGACACAGGUGUGCGUACCUACAGGGUGCAGGAAGAGGACCAGGGGAAGAUGAUUCGCGUCACUUACACGCCUGUUCGCAAGGACGGUAUGCAGGGUGAGGCAAAAAGCCGCAUCGUUCAAGUGCCACAUGGUGAUGACGGUGGGGAGACGACCCGUUUGAGGGGCGCCGAUGACCUCCACGUGGAUCCCGCCAGCUUGAACGCUGCAGACGCAGUCACGACUGCGGAAAUCGCCGCUGCAGAACUUGGCGCUGCGGGUGGUGAAGAAGAUGCUGAGAAGCCCACUGAUGCAGCCGCCGAUGAGGACGCUGAGAAAUCUACUGAAGCAGCCGCCGAUGAGGACGCUGAGAAAUCUACUGAAGCAGCCGCCGAUGAGGGUGCUGAGAAAUCUACUGAAGCAGCCGCCGAUGAGGGUGCUGAGAAAUCUACUGAAGCAGCCGCCGAUGAGGGUGCUGAGAAAUCUACUGAAGCAGCCGCCGAUGAGGACGCUGAGAAGCCCACUGAUGCCAAUCCCUCGGCGGAGGCCGCUGUUCGGUUGGAUGCCUCUAGCACUGAUGAGACAUCCACAUCCGCUCCUGCUCCAAUGCCUGGUGCUGCGCAAGCACUGGCAGCGGCCUUAAACUCGGUCACCUCCAGUGCAGCAAGUACCACCCGGACUGACGGCGCAUAG